AUGGCAUUCGCGGGCGAAUCGACAACGAGCGUAGAUGGACAUGCUGACUCCCCAGGCAGCAACAAGUGGCUGGUAGGGGGACUGGCAGCUGAGCGCAGAUCACCAGGGGAGGGAACGAAAGUCAUGCUAAAGCCGUCUCAGACGUUGCGGCCUGCCUUGCGAAAGCUCCGACAACUUCGAGGAUCUCCUAGUACUUCCCCCCUUCCCAUGCGCUCGUUGCGUGAUCGGUCAGCGGACGCUGUGAUUCCAUCAUUCCAUCAAAGUAUCCUGGACUUCAACGCGCUGAUCGACGCCGACUUGGAAGAACACGUGACGGCAUCGACACAGGUCAAGUCCCCGCAGCCGCCAACCCCACACCGAGCCAACAUUACGCGACUAUCGUCUCAAUUCUUCCUUCAAGACUCGCCUCACCCGCACGAUGACCCACCAUGUGGAUGGAAUCCGUUUGCAAACUCGUUUUCCAUCACGCGCAAUGCCUAA